AUGAUGUAUUCUGAACAUUACUCUAAAAUAUUUGAAAAGUACAAAUGGAAAAAGCAACAACAUCCACUAAAUUCUACCCAUUCAUGUCCAGUUACCAGUAAUGAUGUCCCUGGAAAUCGCAUCAAACAGAAUCCCCAGGCUGCUUUAAAUUCAUCCAGUAUCAGGUCAUCUAACUUGACAAGUGCAAGUAAAUUAAAAUCUCAUGUUUUGCUUAGUAUAGUUGAAGGAAGAGGUCAAUCAACUGGAGAAAUAGGUUUAGCUACUAUCGAUAUUUACUCAGCAAAUGUUGAAUUAUCACAAUUUCGUGAUACUAGCAGUUAUAGUCGAACACUUGUAAAACUACUUUUAUAUUGUCCUACAGAAAUAAUUCUUCCUAAAUCUGGUUUGGAUCCAAAUAGUUGUAUGAGGAAACUUGUGAAAAUCCUACUGUCUUUACGCAAUGGUAUGACAUUAAAUGGUGUUAACAGAAAUCAUUUCAAUGAUAAACAAGGUUUACACUAUUUAAGAAGAUUAUGCCAUCCACAUUACAUUCCAUCUAUAUACGCUAUUAAAGAGAAAUUUUAUGCUCUUUCAGCACUGUCUGCUUUACUUAAUUAUGCUGAAGAAAUUCAUGGACUUAUUUAUGCUCCAAAAUCAAUGAAAUUCUCAUUUACAGGAUCUGUUAAAUCUACUAUGAUUGAUUUCAAAAGUGCAAAUCAUUUACGUCUGGUUAGAAAUAAUUACGACUAUUCAGCCAAAGAUACACUUUAUUCAGCAAUAGAUUUCACCAGUACAGCUAGUGGUGCUCGAUUAUUACGAGCCAACUUGUUGGAACCUCCAUGUGACUUGGAAACAAUUUUGAAUCGACAAGCUUCUGUUCGUGAACUAAUAUCUUCACCAGAAACUUUAUUUAACAUACAGAAUAUCUUACGUCAAUUCCCUCAUAUUGAUAGUCUUUUAUCACUUUGUGUUCAAAUAUGUUCGUCAUCAAAUUUAAUGUUUGAUUGGAAUAAUACUAUCAAUAACAAAAGUCAUACUAAUAUUAAUAAACAGAAUGCAUCGAAUCCAAUUGAAUUCAAUAACAAAACAGAUUCAUCUAGAUCAAAUAAAUCGAAUGAACUUUUAAUCAAUUCAACUAAAUUGUGUACACAAGAUAGCAUUACCCAUUCACCUUUAAUUAGUACAGUGAAAGAAAAAUCAACAGGUUUGCUAUUUGACAGGCCUACAAAAUCUUCAACUUUACUACCUGGAUCAUCAUCAUCACUAAUAGUACCCAGUUCCGAGAAGCAUUGUCUACCUAAAAGUGAUAUGAUCUAUUUAAAGAAAGCAGUAAACAUUCAAGCAGCUGAAUCUCGAAUUACAAAAGUUAUUGCAAUUAAAUAUAUGUUAGAUCUUGUCAAAUUAUUGUAUAAUGCUAUGGGUGAUGUCAAAUCUACAUUGUUGAGAACAUAUAAAGAGCUUUUACGUGAUUCGGAAUAUGAACAUGUUUUACAAAUUUUGUGCACUGUACUACAUAAAGAUGUACGAAUGUCAAAAGGGAUGCUAGCUAUGAGAACACAGAAAUGUUUUGCAAUCAAGGAAGGAUUAAGUGUGGUAUUAGAUGUUACACGUAAAGCCUACUCAGAACAGCUUGAUGAUAUUACGAAUGAAGUUAGCAGACUUUCACAUCAAUAUAAUCUACCAUUGCGAAUAUCUCACAAUAAAGCUCGUGGAUUUUACAUUCAAAUACCUGAAGAACCAUUAAAAACUUACACAAAAACAUCGUCAUCGAAAAUUAGUUAUGGCACUUCGACAUUGUCUAAUGACACUAAUUUUUUAAAUGAAAACAUCUUUAUUGAAGCAGAAGAGGAAGCAGAAGAAGAGGACGAACAACAAGGAAAUAUCCAAGCAUGUAAAACAUUGCAUAGAACUAAUCGAAAUACUGUUCAUAAUAAAUAUCCUCAUAGGACUCUGACAACAUCCGAGCUUAGCAAUAAUCCUGUACUUCAAAAUCUUCCAGAUGAGUUUAAAAAACCAUUUAUAUCAAAAAAUGUUGUACAUUGUACAACAGAUUCACUUGUAAAACGGAUUAAAGGAUCUCUUUAUGAAGUAUAUCAUAUUGCUGAUCAAAUUAUUAGCGACUUAAUUACUGGACUGCAUCCAGAUAUGGCACUGUUUUAUCGUUUGUCAGAAGUAAUCGCAGGUCUGGAUCUAUUAGCCUCAUUCGCCAAAAUGUCAUUAACUUAUUCUCUCAGAAAUCAUUUCGUUUGCCCAAUAUUUAAUAAUAUACUUGGGAUUAAAAAUGGACGGAAUAUUGUUACUGAUGAAGAAAAGAAAUCAUUAUCUGUGGCAAAUCAUACGUAUGCAUCACCUGCUUUGAACUUUCAUGUUAUAACCGGACCUCCGAUGUGUGGAAAAACAACCUAUCUUAGACAAAUUGCAUAUAUACAAAUUUUAGCACAAAUAGGUUCAUUUGUUCCGGCUGAAUUCACUUCAGUACGUCUUACUGAUCAAAUAUUCUUUCAUACAGAAGGACAAGAUGAUAUAAUUUUAGGGGAAUCUAGUUUUGUUAAUGAAAUAAGAGAAUUAACUUAUAUUUUACAAAAUUUCUCCAGAUCAUCUAUUAUUCUUAUCGAUGGUUUAUGCCAAAAUACUGACCCUGAUGAAGUCGAAUAUCUCAACUGGGCUAUCUGUGAAGCAUUACUGGAACAUAAAGCUUUCACGUUUUUGGCAACUAAUCGUUAUGAAUUGACCUCCUUAGCUUCAUUCUAUCCAAAUGUAGAAAAUUAUUAUUUUUCAGUACAAGAAGAAGUUUUAAAUAUUUAUCAUGGACAUCAUAAUAUAGGUACAUCAAAUCGAAGUAUUCAUGAAACAACAUAUGCUAAUAACAGCAGUUUCACUGAAGAAUCUCCGUUAGUUCAUAGUUUCUCCGAUAAAAAUUAUUCAAAUACAUUCAAAAUGAAUCAACAUCUAAAACAAUCCGAAUUCAUUGAUUCAACCAGUCAAGAUCUUGGUCAAAUCACUUUUACUUAUAAAUUAAACAAAGGAAUAUCACCCAAAAUAAUGUAUGGUAUUAAAUUGGCCAGGCUUACUGCACUUCCUCAAGAGAUACUGGAUCGAGCUGAAGAACUUCUGAACUCAUACAUUGAAGAAGAAAAUAUAAGCAAUGAUGAUGAUGAAAAAACCAACAACAGAAAGACUAUGACAAUGAGUGAUACUGGAGAUUUAGAACAAAUUGAUAAAAAUAUCAGUUUAAAUUUUCAAAAUUUGCAAAGACAAAUAUUGAAGACCCAAAAUAACCAGACUGAUUUGGAUGCAUCCAUUCCAACGGAAUCCUCACAUUGUACUACUGUAACAGAUUCGAAACAUGGUAUAUCAAAUUUAAAAUGGAAAAAUACCAAGAAAAACGGUUAUUUAAAAGGAAACGAUCGCUUGGAACAUGAAUUGUUCAGACAAUUACAAAUCAUAUCAAAAGCUUACCAAACAAUGAACACAAAUCAACAUUUAUCUAAUUCAGAAAGAGAAGACAUUCAACAUGAAAUUUCAAAUUAUCUCAGAUUUCUAGAGUGUCGAUACCAAAGAUUAUUACUGUGA